AGACAAACCCCUACUCGAUUUAAGUUUAGACUUUUAGCCCCCACUUACAAGGAAUCCACUUUGAAGCAGUUUGGUAACACAGGAAAUGAAAUAUCACAGAUAAACAGCUUACUUGUUAGCUUACAUCUUGGCACUACUCGUCCUGAUAAUUGUUGGGAAUGGUGCAGCGGUUCAGAUAGUUUCCAUAGAUGGGAACACAUUAAAAGUGUGAUAGAGCAAACCCAAACUCAACACAUAUUUCACUAUGUUGAGUAUUCUUGGUAGUCAAAAAGUGUCGAUAACGAUAUCCUCUUCAUAUCCAAGCUGGGACGCGAAGCAACGAGAAUUUUACUCUAGAUGACGUUAAAGGCCCUGUGCAAGUGAUACGUGGUAUUAAAAUUGAGAAGAGACAAUCAGGUAACUCGCCUCCUCAUGGAUAGCUUGGAGAUACGUUCCAGGGGCGUUCGGACUCGGUGAACUAGUUUUGUCAGUUAUCUGGACAUAGAUACUUUGAUUAAUAAUUUCGAACUUGCUGAUGCUUUGGAAACAGUAGGAGACGAGUAUAUAACAACUGAAUUAGCAACCAAUUUUACAUGUAUGAUGAGACAAUACUUCCACGUGGACGGGUUGGAUUUCAAUGAAGUUACAAGGUCAUUUCUUUUGUCCAACGUGAGAGGUUAUAUUAGGGGUUAUGGCCUCACAACUAGGCAGAUGGUUGUUGUAACGAAAUUUGCCUUCUCUUAUCCCAUCACACAUAUAGAUUGUACCCCUGAUCAAAUAGGUACAAUGGCUUGGAGAAUGGCAGAUACACUUGGAAUAGGAGGUACAAUUUGGCCCAAUUAUGAGCCUAAUUAUGAGCCUACCAAUGACAAUCCAUUUCCUUCUAGCGAUUUUGCCAUCAAUUCUGGUAUAAUUAAUGAUGGAUCUGAUAGUAUUAUCAUAGAUGAAGAACAGUAUGCUACACUUUUUGAUAACAUUGCAGAGCCUGUUAGUCACGGCCCGCAAACAAGAGAUUUGGAUUACAGUUGCAUUGGUAGAGAUAUAUGGUACGCCAAGGACUAUAGAGGCGUAAGCAGUUAUGCUAUUUCGACUGACACUCAAGGUGAAUGUGUCCCAAAUUUGAAGAAUUGAGAUUACCACCAAUUUCUUAGGAAUUUUUCUUUCUUUGGAUAGAUGCAAUUCAUUUAAGGAGUAAACUUUUUUGGUUAGUUUAUUUAGGAAGUAUUUUGUUACUUUGGUAUACGGAUUGUUUAUUGAUC